AUGGCUCCAUCAGCCAGGAGCCACCUCAUCCUCACCCACCCCAGUGCUCCGAGAUUUCUCUUCAUUCCAAGUCUCCCUGACUUGGUCCCAGACCCCAACUAUGUGCAAGCAUCCACCUAUGUCCAGAGAGCCCACCUAUACUCCCUGCGCUGUGCAGCAGAGGAGAAGUGCUUGGCCAGCACAGCCUAUGCCCCGGAGGCCACUGACUACGAUGUGCGGGUGCUACUGCGCUUCCCCCAGCGGGUGAAGAACCAGGGCACAGCGGAUUUCCUCCCGAACCGGCCGAAGCACACCUGGGAGUGGCACAGCUGCCACCAGCAUUACCACAGCAUGGACGAGUUCAGCCACUAUGACCUGUUGGAUGCAGCCACAGGCAUGAAGGUAGCCGAGGGCCACAAGGCCAGCUUCUGCCUGGAGGACAGCACCUGCGACUUCGGCAACCUCAAGCGCUACGCAUGCACCUCACACACACAGGGCCUGAGCCCAGGCUGCUAUGACACCUACAACGCGGACAUCGACUGCCAGUGGAUUGACAUAACUGAUGUGCAACCCGGCAACUACAUCCUCAAGGUGCACGUGAACCCUAAGUACAUUGUUUUGGAGUCUGACUUCACCAACAAUGUGGUGAGAUGCAACAUCCACUAUACAGGUCGCUAUGUUUCUACGACAAACUGCAAAAUUGUCCAAUCCUGAUCUCCAAGAAGGUGGACAAACUGCCAACCUCCCCGCUUCCCAAAGCAGGUCCUGCUUACCAGGCAGCCUCCCACCAGGACACACCUGGUCCAAGGGGUGCAACCCCAUCCACCACAGGCAGGGGCAGCUGAACACAGGGGCAUCCCUCUCUACCGGCCUCAGGGAGUGAACCUGGACCGAAACCACAGGGAUACCGGGUGCCAGGCCCAAUUUCAUACUUAAGUUUUCACUACAAUAUUAUUUUGUUGGUUGUUGGCUUUUAUUUUUUAUAUUUUGACCAUACCACAGAGCAAGAUUGCCCAAACUUGGGCUGAAUAAAACAAGGUUUUUCUAC